CGUCAGAUGACUUCCUGGUUGCAAUUUGUCGACCUUGAUGGUCGGGGAGCCACUGAUCGAUUGGUGCUUCAAAAAAACCAACGAAAUGGACAAACAUCGGCCUUUAGCUUCACGUUUGGAGUGCAAUUCCAAAGUUGAAGUGUUGCCGUCAGAUGUGCUGAAAGUCAUCGUGGGGGAAGACCGUCAGAGGGAGUGGAGCUCCCGGCAGUACUGGGAGGUACCCUGCGUUAAAGAGGAGGAGGAGGAAGACACCGUUGACGAAUUUCCCAACCAUAGAGACCAAAGCGACUCGGACGAGCAAGCCGACUCCGAUCACCGUGACUCGGAAGCGGAUGCCGGCAAAAAGCGCUUGAGCUGCUCGCAGUGCCGCCAGAGCUUCGACAACAAGUACCGGCUGGUGCACCACACCAGGACGCACACGGGCGAGCUAAUCAUCUGCGCCGUGUGCGGCAAAAACUUCUCCAGCAAGAGCAACCUGCGCACGCACAUGAGGACACACUCUGGGGAGAAACCCUUCACUUGCUUUGUGUGCGGCAAGGGUUUCUCCGUCAAGAGGUAUCUGGUGUCCCACAUGCGGACUCACACCGGAGAGAAACCUUACUCCUGCUCCGUUUGCGGCUCGGGCUUCAGCUACCGCAUGUCGCUGGUUCUCCACAUGAGAACGCACACUGGGGAGAAACCCUUUUCCUGCUCCGUUUGCAGCAAACGCUUUUGCCAGAAAGGACAGCUGAGAGCGCAUACCAGGACCCACACCGGGGAGAAACCCUUCCCCUGCUCCUUUUGCGGAAAGACUUUUUCCGAGCGCGGACACAUGAUCUCGCACGUGAGGUCGCACACGGGGGAGAAACCGCACCCGUGCUUACUGUGUGGCAAAACCUUCGCUACCAAGAGGAAUGUGACUGUCCAUGCCAGGACUCAUACCGGCGAGACGCCAUUCGGCUGCAGCCUUUGUCACAAGAGAUUCCCAUACAAGUAUCAGAUCACAAGACACAAGUGCACUGACACGCAGUAGCCAAGCCAGAGGGUUCUGUGAAAAUCCCAUCCCAGAGAGCGGGUAAAACUGGCAAAUGUUGCGUGUGUAAUUCCUGUCUUUAAUGUUUAUUCAUUAUAUACAUUAAAAAAAAAAAAUUGGCCAAUUAACUGGUUUGGGGAAUUUUCAGAUGCCAAAUAUUGGAAAUGGACCACCAAAGAAUCCAUAUCGGUCAGGCCUAAGUUGUAAGGCGCCAAAAACGCCUGAUAUUGAUGCACUUGCGAAGUUUAAAGGAUGCUAAAUUUAACGAGGCAGUGAAAGAAGCGAUGUCACGAAAAAUGUCAUACUGCCAACAAUAAAGGUCUAUGAAAAUGAA